AUGGCUGAUUCGCGUUCGUUUGAAGAAGCCAAAGUUAUGGAUGGGGGAUUUUCAACUCUUCUCAUUGAGGAAUUCAAUCACCCUGAAAUCAAUGGUGACCCUUUAUGGGGUGCCAGAGUUAUCCUAACCAAUCCACAAGAUAUUGUUGCAGCACAUAUAAGAUAUCUUGAAGCAGGAGCGGACUUGAUAGAAACGUGCACAUAUCAGGCAACUGUGGAAGGUUUCGUGAAGCACUGUGGUGUUUCUGUCACAGAAGCUGAGGAACUGAUCGAAAAGGGAGUCAAACUCUGCUUGCAAUCAAGAGAUAAAUUUUGGGCCACCAAGAAAAAAUCGGAUGAAAUCAAAGUUCUCGGAUCUAUAGGACCUUAUGGAGCUUUUCUGUCAAACCGGUCUGAGUAUUCUGGAAGUUACGUAGAUACCAUGUCCAUUGAACAACUGAAAAACUGGCACAAGCUGCAGCUUGAACCAGUAUGUCGAGCUGGAGCCGAUAUCAUUGCUUUUGAAACAUUUACUACAGCGAAGGAACCGCUGGCUAUUGUUCAGUUAAUGAAGGAAUAUCCGUAUUCUAAAUUCUACAUAUCAUUUAAUUUUAAAGAUGACAAAGAGACAUGGCACUCGGAUACAGCUGAGGAUGUUGUUAAUAAAAUUCUAAGAACCCAACCGAGAAAGAACAACUUAAUUGGCCUUGGCAUCAAUUGCACUAAACCUGAAUAUGUUGAAAACUUACUGAGUAAAAUGAAAAUUGAAAUGAACAAAACAUUAAGAGAUGAUGUUUGUCUCAUUGCUUAUCCAAAUGGAGGCAGUGAAUGGAUGAAUGACGGAAGUUGGGACCCAAGCAAAUCAACAGCACAAUGGCAUGUUAAUGUUCCCAAAUGGGUAACGGCCGGUGCAAAAUGGAUCGGUGGUUGUUGCACUACGACACACCACGAUAUUGCAAUAAUCAAGAAAAUCAUUGACGACAUGAAGACGGGGGAAACGUGA